UUCUAAUGUCCCGUUGUCAACAUGAUAAUUUAGCAAGAUCCUGCGACGUGGUUACUUCAAACUAAGGGUGCUUCGACUCCAUGGCAGCAAUAUCUCAAGGCGGUAUGUUAAGUGUCGAAGAAGAGUAUCGACGCGUACCCACGUCGGAGAUGGCAACUGAGGCUCUGUCCUGGACAACCGAGUGACUCAUUCCGGUGGUUGAACCAGCUGCAAACUACACUCGUCCCAGGGUCAUAACACCCUGAGCAGACUGAACAAUGUCUCGCCUUAGCGGCGAAACUCUUGACGAGUAUAAAUGGGGGUUUUCUUCUUCUCCAGACCUUCUUGAUUCAAUUUCACACGAAGGCAUCUGAAUAGAAAAACCCGCGGGUUAACCGCCUGUGAUGGGUUCGACAAUUGCGUCCGACGACGAAAACCAGUCGCUUACUAUCUCUGAAUUCAAUCGCCUUCUCCAAUGUUGUGCUAAAUAUAAACAGCACUCUCUUAAAACAUCACGGGAUGAUCAUAUACCGCUGCUCAUCUCGGGCUGUCAGACUCCCAGCAUCGUCUUGCUCGGUGACUCGAUGAUCGAGCGGAUGCAAACCACCAGGACCACACCAGGUUUACACUCGUGGCCAUCAGAGACAUUCCUGGAUGAUGCAUCGCUUAAGAACUUGACUCUGACCUCUGGUGCGGAGAUUGAACGCCUCCAGGGCGUCUUGAAUGCCGGAGUCGGUGGCGACAAAUACGAGAACAUCCUUUAUCGCCUUCUUGGCGAUCCGGCACGUCAACUGCGUGGUCUGACGGACGUCUUGUCGCAGAACAACAUUACACUCUGGGUCAUACAUGCCGGCACCAAUAAUCUGCGUUCUAAGCGUGGCCUUUCGGACGAAAGUGUUGAUCUUAUGCGCCUCUUGUUGCAGGCUGUGUUACGAAUCUCCAAACCGGGAACAAAUAUUUUGGUGACGGGACUGUUCUACCGCACGGAUAUACUAGACCGACUUGUUAGUGAUGCGAAUGCGAAGCUGAAAUUGUUGGUCCGAUCCAUGAAUGGGAGGUCGGAGAAGAAAAGGAUUGUGUUCGUCCCGCCGCCGACGUCGGUUGGAGGAGAGCAUCUCGAGGAUCACGUGCAUUUGAAUACGGAAGGGUACCGUUUGUGGAUUGAGUAUCUCCUUCCAAAGGUGUCAAGCCACUCACGAUCGAUUUUGGAGAACUGAUAAAGCACUCAAGGCAUGGCAUGGCCAAAUGGGAACUGAGCUGCGGCAAUGAGAGCGUUAGAAGAAAACACCCUCGCACCCAUGUGAAAUCAGCUACGGCUGAGGAUUGCCUGCUCUGCAGCUCUGUCGGGCACUCUCCGUCACAACAGAAAGCACUGUUCUGGUCAAAUUAUCCCAUGAGUUCGCAACCAAGUUUCUAUCCUCAUUUAAUAUUUUAAUGUAGCUUAUUAAUUAAGAGAGUUUAGAGCUAGAGCAGGGGUGCCCGCGACAGCACCGUACUAUAAAUCGGUUGUUAAUGGCCAAACGCUAUAGAUUAUGG